AUGCUAAUCUUCAACCAUUCCAGCUUCUUGACCUUCACUUUGACGGGCAUACCAGGCUUAGAGUCACAGCACUUGUGGUUAUCUCUCCCUUUCUCUUCUAUGUUUUUGGCUAUCCUUGUUGGCAACGGUGCUAUCCUCUUUCUGGUGGCCACAGAGCCCACACUUCACAGCCCAAUGUACCUGUUCCUGGCCUUGCUGUUGGUGGCUGACCUCAUAUCUGCUCUGGCUCUGUUGCCCAAGCUCCUCUGUCCCUUCUGGUUCAAUGAUAGGGACAUAACUGCCAAGGCCUGUUUCAUCCAGAUGUUUUUCAUCCAUGGAGCACCUGUGGUACGAUCAGCCCUACUUGUUGCAAUGGCCUUUGACCGCUGCAUGGCUGUGUGUGAGCCAUUACGCUACAAUACAAUUCUGAGUCAUUCUUUAGUUGGACGCCUGGGAUUGGUGGCUCUAGCCAAGGGUGUGAUUCUUAUUCUGCCCAUGCCUCUUCUACUUCAAAGGUUGACAUUCUGCCACGUGGUCAUUCCUCAUACCUACUGUGACCACAUGGCUGUGGUGACAAUGGCCUGUGGCCAUGCCAUACCUAACCGUAUCUAUGGGCUCUUUGUGAUUCUGCUCGUGGUGGGACUUGAUUUGCUGCUCAUUGGCUUCUCUUAUGGACUCAUCCUGCAGGCUGUGGUACGCCUCAACUCUCAAGAAGCGACCUGCAAAGCCCUCAACACCUGUUCAGCCCACCUCUUUGUCAUUCUUGUCACUUAUGUGCCUGCACUCUUUUCAUCUCUCACCCACCGCAUAGGUCACAAUAUCCCAUCUCAUGCUUAUGUUCUCCUUGCCAAUCUCCACCUUCUUUUACCCUCAGUACUCAACCCUAUCAUCUAUGGCAUAAAAAUGAAGGAAAUACGGCACAGGGUGGCUAAAUGCCUUUGCAGAGGACCUGCAUAG